AUGGCCUUCUCCAGGUCACAUCCUACAGACCUGUUGACCCUCAGCUAUCAGUUGUUUGACGGGACGCUACGGAGCACAGACGUGUAUCGGAUCAAGGAUGGCUUGAGAACCUUUGACUUCCUGUCACAUGACUGUUCGCUACGCUGGUCACCGGGGGACUGGUACGGAGACGUUGCCAUCGUUGACAGGCGGACUCCAGGAACCUCUCAUGAGUCCCUCCAUAGCCUGGAUACCAAGACGGUUCGCUGUGUUCACGUCCACCCUGUUCAGAAGCAGUACAUCAUGGUGGCUGAGAACAGUAUUGUGAGCAUUUACGAUGCUCGAUGUUUGAAGGCGUCGUCAAGAGAGCCAGUCUCCCAGCUCUAUGGUCACUCAAAGAGCAUCUCAAGUGCCUACUUCUCUCCUGGCACUGGCAACAGAGUAGUGACCACCUGCCUAGACAACAACAUCAGGAUUUAUGACACCUCGGAACUAACCUCCAGAGCUCCGCUACUGACCUCCAUCCAACAGAACUUGUACACAGGGCGCUGGCUGUCCAAGCUGCAGGCGAUGUGGGACCCCAAGAGGGACGACUGCUUCGUUGUGGGCAGCAUGCAGCGGCCUCGCAGAGUCCAGGUGUUCCAUGAGAGUGGGCAGCUCCAGCACUCCUUCCAGGACCCAGAGAUGACCACUGUGCUCUCAGUCACAGCCUUCCACCCCACCAGGAACGCUCUACUGGGGGUAGCGCCUCCCGGGCGGCUGUACGUCUUCACUGACUGAGAGCAGGAUGCCUGUAUGUGUUCGCUGCCUGAGAGGAGAAACCUGGGCCAUUGUUCACAAAACAUCUGAGUAAGAGUCCUGAUCUAGGAUCAGGUACCCUCCCUAUUAUUCAUUAUGAUCUGGAAGGCUAAACUGAUCGUAGAUCAGCACUCCUACUCAAAUGUUUCAUGAUACGGGCCCAGAACACAUGCUUAGA